UGAAGGGAACGUCAAAGGAUGAGAUUCAACGACACUUGCAUAAUGGGGAACAGACGCACCAAUGUUUCCAAAAUUCUGGUUCUUGAGCAAGUGAAAGAAAAGGUAAACGGAAACAUAAAAAAGGUAGAAGGGAAAGAGAAGCGGACCGCAUAGAGGAAGCGUGACAGAGUCGGAGCCUAUCUCCCAGCAACUUUCCAUUGGAAGCGUGACAAAGCAGAGGAACGGGGAGGGAGCAAGAAGGAGAAGCCGGAUGGGGGAUGCUGCUGAUGCAAAGGUGUUCACUUUGGAAGAGGUCUCAAAGCACAACAACUCCAAGGAUUGCUGGCUUGUAAUUAACGGCAAGGUAUAUGAUGUAACCCAAUUCUUAGAUGACCAUCCAGGUGGAGACGAUGUUCUCUUGUCUGCCACAGGUAAGGAUGCAACAGAUGAUUUUGAGGAUGUUGGUCAUAGCAGUACUGCAAGGGCAAUGAUGGAUGGAUACUUGAUUGGUGAGAUUGAUACAUCAACGAUCCCGGCAAAGCCCAUAUAUACACCACAACCAAUGCAGUCUUCUAUCAACCAAGAGAAAAAGUCUGAAUUCAUUAUCAAGCUUCUACAGUUCUUUAUUCCAUUGGCAAUUCUGGGUCUAGCUGUUGCCAUACGUUUCUAUACAAAAUCAAGCUAAACAUGCAAAUCAGCCUCAUUUACAGCUGAGUCAUGAAGGGGACUACCAUAGACGACUGACUAGCUUACUCCUGGAUGAGGCUAUUUGCAUCUUGAUCGUUGGUGGGAUUUGCUCUAGGAUUCUGGUCCAUCCUUGCCCUUCCUUAUGGUGCCAGCUCUUUUAGAAUGUGUAAUCUCGCAUGUCUGGACGGACUCCCUGAAUCCUAUUUAGUAUUUGCUCACUACAUUUAACUUUCA